UAAUCCAUCAUCAUCAUCAUCAUCAUCAUCAUCAUCAUCAAUCUAGUGGGUGGCAAGAAAAUUUUAAAGAUCCCCAAUAACCAGAAAGAAUAUCAUACUGUGGGAAUAGUACAACCCUAGCGGUGACCAAUUUGCAAAAGCAAACAAACAUGGCCAUGAUCGCAGUGAGGCUGGUGGUAGAGAAAUUGGGUACUCUCCUAGCAGAAGAAGCUCAAUUGCUUGGUGGAGUUGGAAGGGGAGUUGCUGAAUUACAGGAUGAUCUAGAGAGCAUGAGAUCUUUCCUACAAGACGCCGAAGCAAGAAGUGAAUCCGAUAAAGGAGUCAAAACUUGGGUGAAGCAAGUCAGAGAUGUGGCCUAUAAUACCGAGGAUAUUCUUGAGGAGUUCCUCCUCCGCUUGUCACCGCCACAGGGGAGCGGUUUCUUUCACAUCCUCCACAAAGGCUACCACCACCUGCGCCAAUUGAGAGCGCGACACCGCUUGGCGGUUCAGAUAGAGGAAGUGAAGAGGAAGGUUAAGGCCAUUUCAGAAAGACGAAAUGCAUUUUCAUUUAAAAGGAUAGAGGAAGCAACAACUUCACCUGCUACCACUACGUUGCAGACAUGGAAUGAUCCUCGACUGGCUUCUCUUUUCCUAGAUGAUGCCGAUGUUGUGGGAAUUGAGAAUCCCAAGAGCUUGUUAAUUUCUUGGCUGGUAGGCGGAGAGCAGAAUCUGACCGCCGUCUCUGUGGUGGGGAUGGGUGGCGUAGGCAAAACAACUCUGGUGAAGAAAGUUUAUGAUAGUCAAGCUGUUAAGAAGUACUUCGACCACCAUGCCUGGAUAACCGUGUCGCAGUCAUUCACGGCGGCAGAGCUUCUGCGGGCUGCGCUGAAGGAUUUCUUGGAGGAGAUAAAAGAGCCAAUUCCUCAAGGAAUAGAUACGAUGGAUGAAAGACAAUUGAUCAACAAACUCAGGGUCUAUCUACAACAAAAGAGGUAUGUUGUUGUCUUUGAUGAUGUAUGGAGCACAAAUGCUUGGGAAGUAGUUAAACUUGCAUUACCCGAUUCUUGUUGUGGGAGUAGGAUCAUUUUCACAACACGAAUCGGUGAUGUAGCUGCAUCUAUAGAAACAACUAGUCAUGUUUACCAUCUCCAGCCUCUUCCGGAGGAGGAGGCUUGGACACUCUUUUGUAUGAAAGCUUUCCGAGGGGAAAACAAUGGCAUUUGUUCGAAAGAACUGGGUGAGAUGUCUUAUAAAAUCUUGAACAAGUGUGGGGGACUGCCUCUGGCAAUUGUAACAAUAGGUUCCCUUUUGUCUAAGAAGAAUAAACAUUUGUUGGAAUGGAAGAAAGUCCAUGAUAGCCUUUCUGCAGAGGCGAAAAGUAAUUCCAAUUUUGAAACUCUAGAAAGAAUACUUCUGCUUAGUUACAUUGACUUGCCAUAUCACCUCAAAUGUUGCUUCUUGUACUUGAGUGUUUUCCCAGAGGAUUAUUUGAUCAAAAGAAUGAAACUUAUCCGGUUAUGGGUGAUUGAAAGAUUUGUGGAAGAGAAACCAGGGCUCACUGCUGAAGAGGUUGCAGAGGACUACCUUAAUGAACUUGUUAGUAGGAAUAUGAUUCAAGUAGUGGAAACAGAUUACUUCAAUCGGGUUAUGACUUGUCGUGUACACGAUAUUAUGAGAGAAAUUAUCCAGUUGAAAUCUAGGGAUGAAUCAUUUGCUAUGAUACUACUGAAUGAUAGAAGGAUGUCAAUGGAGGAGAAGGUUCGUCGAAUGUCAAUCCAUGGUAGUUGUGAGGAAGAGCUCCCAUCAGGCAUGAGAUUCACUAGCCUCAGAUCUCUUUUGGUGUUUGUUUCAACAAGUUCAUCAAUGUCUUUGGGGAAGACAUUUUUUAAGGGUUUCAAAUUGUUAGGAGUUUUGGAGCUUGAAGGUGCACCGCUUUAUGAAUUCCCUCCAGAGCUGACUGAAAUGAUUCACUUGAGAUACUUAAGUCUAAGGAGGACAAUGAUAAAUAAGCUUCCAGAGUCCAUAGGAAAGCUCAAGAAAUUAGAAAUAUUGGACCUCAAACAUUGUCUCAGGACUUGCAUAUCAUCCCUGCCAAAUGGGAUCUCGAAGUUGAAAAAUCUUUGCCAAUUGCGUGGCUAUGGCUAUUAUUUGGAAUCAUCAACGAUGUUGGCCACAUACGGGAUGAACCUUCCAGGAAAGAUAGGAGAAUUAACAAAUCUACAGAAAUUGGGAAAUGUUGAAGUGAACGGUAAUGGUGAUAUGUUGAGAGAGUUAGGAAAGCUAACCCAAUUAAGGAGGUUGGGUAUCUUGGAACUGACACAAGAAAAUGGAAUGAAGCUAUGUUCUUCUUUAGAGAAGUUGAAGCACCUCACUGCAUUAUACAUGGUUUCCAUAAGCACCAGUGAACCUCUUCAUCUUAAUUCUCUAUCAUCUUGUCCGCAGUUUCUACAACGCCUAUAUCUCAAAUCUAGCUUACUGACUUUGCCUAAAUGGAUCGCCUCCCUCCAAUACCUGGCCAAACUAGUGCUUCAGUACUCUAAUCUACAUGAUGACCCGCUAAAAUCACUCCAGGGAUUGCCCAACUUGGUAGUGCUGGAACUCCGAGAAGCAUUUGCAGGGGAGGAACUGUGUUGCAAUAUUGGAGGGUACCCAAGGCUUCAAAAGCUUAGCCUUCAUCAACUAAGCCAAUUGAAGUGUGUCCGAGUAGAGCAAGGAGCAAUGCCUGGGCUAUUGCAACUAAAUAUUGUAGCAUGUGAGAAACUAGAAGCUGUGCCAAUGGGUAUUGAGCACCUUAGAAAUCUAUGUUAUCUAGUGGUAUGGCGCAUGCCUAGGGGAUUCUACCAAACUAUAGAGAGAUCAGAUGGUGAAGAUUUUUGGAAGGUUCAACAUAUUGAAGCAAUCGAAGCCAUUUAUUGACAUCGGUUAUUCCAUGUCCCUUGGAUGCCACCUCAUCCCGCCUUCAGUAUCCAACCCACCGGAUAUCCAUCUAUUAUUUUGUAUUUGUUUUCUUUGUUUUGGCGAAUCCUCUGAUCACUGGUCGAAGCUCUCCUUUGGAUCACAUGCUUCGAAGUUUG